UCGUCGGCGCCUGGCCCGGCCGCUGCUUCGCUGUGCUGCCUCCGCUGCCGCUCCUCGGACUCGGGUUCGCGCGCACCUCACUCAUCCCAGUCCCGAGCGAGCAGCGUUGGGUUUAUGUCUUUAUUUGACGAAAACGAGCUGUUGCGCAGCCAUUGGUACCUGUAUUGGGGAAACAUAGCAUAUAAGCAAGAAGCUUACAGUCUCAGUGGCGAAAAAUUUUUCAUGUCAGAGACCGAGAACUCUUGCAGUCGUUUAUGUCAUCCCUUCUUCUCCAGAGGAUACCAAAAAGUUGCAAUCAAAGAUCUCUUCAUCCUAUUGAUAAAGCCACUAAUAAGCCAAAAUGUCUGUCAACGUCAACCGCAGCGUGUCAGACCAGUUCUAUCGCUACAAGAUGCCCCGUCUGAUUGCCAAGGUUGAGGGCAAAGGAAAUGGAAUCAAGACAGUUAUAGUCAACAUGGUUGAGGUAGCCAAAGCGCUUAAUCGGCCUCCAACGUAUCCCACCAAAUAUUUUGGUUGUGAACUGGAAGCACAGACCCAGUUUGAUGUUAAGAAUGACCGUUACAUUGUCAAUGGAUCUCAUGAGGCAAAUAAGCUGCAAGACAUGUUGGAUGGAUUCAUUAAAAAAUUUGUUCUCUGUCCUGAGUGUGAGAAUCCUGAAACGGAUCUGCAUGUCAAUCCAAAGAAGCAAACAAUAGGUAAUUCUUGUGAAGCCUGUGGCUAUCGAGGCAUGCUUGACACACAUCAUAAACUCUGCACGUUCAUUCAAAACCCACCUGAGAAUAGUGACAGUGGUACAGGAAAGAAGGAAAAGGAAAAGAAAAAUAGAAAGGGCAAAGACAAGGAAAAUGGCUCCGUGUCCAGCAGUGAAACACCACCACCACCACCACCACCAAAUGAAAUCAGUCCUCCUCCACAUGCUGUGGAGGAAGAGGAAGAUGAUGAUUGGGGGGAGGAUACAACAGAGGAAGCUUAAAGGCACAGAAUGGAUGAAAUCAGUGACCAUGCAAAAGUUUUAACCUUCAGUGAUGAUUUGGAAAGGACUGUUGAAGAGCAUGUCAAUAUCCUGUUUGGUUUUGCUAAGAAAAAGAAAGAAGAGGGUAUUAUUGACUCAUCUGACAAAGAAAUUGUAGCUGAAGCAGAAAGACUGGAUGUAAAAGCCAUGGGCCCUCUUGUUUUAACUGAAGUUCUUUUUAAUGAGAAGAUUAGAGAACAAAUUAAGAAAUACAGGCGCCAUUUCUUACGAUUUUGUCACAACAACAAAAAAGCUCAGCGGUACCUUCUUCAUGGUUUGGAGUGUGUGGUAGCAAUGCAUCAAGCUCAGCUCAUCUCCAAGAUUCCACACAUCUUGAAGGAGAUGUAUGAUGCAGACCUUUUGGAAGAAGUCAUCAUUAGCUGGUCAGAAAAGGCCUCUAAGAAAUAUCUCUCAAAAGAACUUGCCAAAGAGAUUCAUGUCAAAGCAGAACCUUUUAUAAAAUGGUUGAAGGAAGCAGAGGAAGAAUCUUCCAGUGGUGAAGAAGACGAUGAAGAUGAGAAUAUUGAGGUGGUGUAUUCAAAGACUGCCAGUGUACUGAAAGUUGAAGCUGUAAAGUCUGACAACAAGGACGAUGACAUUGAUAUUGAUGCUAUUUAAAGGGGGGAUGCAGCCCAGCUUAAUGCUGAGAACCUUUUUGCAUCAUCAGCCAAAAGUGCAACAUGUAUGUGCAAAAGCUAAAAUGGCUUAACAUCAUGCUAUACUUUCUACUAAAAAUGUAUUGCUGUGAGUGGUCUGUAUUUAAACCCAACAAGACAUCUAGGGAGUCCAUACACAUAUCAGUGAGCAGAUGUAGUUUGCUUAUUUAUAACAUGUUUCUUUUUGAAAAAUUAGUGGUGGACACAUUUGGAUCACAUUUAUACAGUUAUAAAAAUAAAGAUUUGAUUUUGGUCAUUCUUCAGAAGAAAAAGUGCAAGAUUUACUGGGGACAUGACAGCUUAAUGUGAUACAUAAAUCUGCUCUAGGUACUAUAUUUAAAGAUUAUGGUAAAGGACAUUUUUGGGACAGUUGAUGAAAUUAUAGAAUAUGGACUGCAUAUUAGAUAAUAGUAAUGUACUAGCUAAGUUCCUGAAUUCUAUCGUAUUGUUAUUAAUUUUUUUUUUUUAAGAUUUUUUUUGGUGUGGACCAUUUUUAAAGUCUUUAUAGAACUCAUCACAGUGUUGCCUCUGUUCUGUACUUUGGCCUUUUUGGCCGUGAGGCGUGUGGGAUCCUAGCUCCCCAACCAGGGGUCACACCUGCACCACCUGCAUUGGAAGGCGAAAUCCCAACCACUGGACUGCCAGGGAGGUCCCCAUUGUAUUGUUACUUACAAGAAUAUUUCUGUUCUUAGGAAGUACAUACUAAAGUAUUAAAGAGUAAAGGGACAGUUUACUUAGGUGCUUCAGGUAAUAAAUAAAUAAUGUAUAAUAUUAUAUAAUAUGUAAAAAUAAAUGUAUAAAAUUGUUUAUGUAUUUAUUUGAUUUAUAAAUCAACACAUGACCUUGG